AUGUCUAACAAUGUCCUCGUUAUUGGAAGCGGUGGCCGAGAGCAUGCCCUAUGUUGGAAACUAGCUAAUUCGCCACAUAUAAAACAAAUAUAUUGCGCCCCCGGUAGCAUUGGUAUUUCUAGCAAUAUUAAAGUGGAAAGUGUCGACCUCAAUCUCAAAGACUUUCCUGCAAUAGCAUUAUGGUGUAAAGAGAAGAACAUUGACUUAGUAGUUGUAGGACCUGAAGACCCACUAGCAAACGGCAUAGUCGAUGCACUGUCUCCCCAAGGCAUUAAAUGCUUUGGCCCAACAAAAGCCGGUGCAGAAAUAGAAGCGAACAAAGAUUGGGCGAAGAAGUUCAUGACAAAGUACCAAAUCCCAACAGCAAGAUACCAGUCGUUCAAUAAUGCUGAUGCAGCUAAGGAAUUUAUCAAAAAUGCACCGUUCCCAGCAUUAGUGGUUAAAGCGUCAGGCUUGGCUGCUGGUAAAGGUGUGGUCGUCGCAUCCAGCAAAGAGGAGGCAUGCGCAGCGGUUGAUGAGAUCCUGACAGAUGCUAAAUAUGGUAGUGCUGGUCAGACGGUCAUUGUUGAAGAGUUGCUUGAGGGUGAUGAAGUUUCGGUGCUGGCCUUCACAGAUGGCGAAACAGUCUCCUUGAUGCCCCCCCUCCCAAGACCAUAA